AUGGGCUUUCCCCUCCCUCCCUCCUCUUGUGGCCGCGGAAUGAGGGGAGCCGGUUUCAGACCUUGGGGGCCGGGCUUGGACGGCGUGGAGGCUUUCCGGCUUUUUGGCGGUAGUGCUGGCCUUGUGUUUCUUUCAGGUUAACAUCAACAGGAUCAAAGAAGACUGAACCGUCUGUCCCUGGCUGCUCCAUCUCCUCCAAAAUGCCUGGAGGCAUUACUGAUACAGGGGAGCUCUACUCUCCUUAUGUUGGUCUGGUUUACAUGUUCAAUCUCAUAGUAGGAACAGGAGCUUUAACCAUGCCGAAGGCCUUUGCUACUGCAGGUUGGCUUGUCAGUCUCAUCUUAAUACUAUUUCUGGGUUUCAUGAGCUAUAUGACAACAACUUUUGUAAUGGAGGCCAUGGCUGCAGCAAAUGCCCAGCUUCGCUGGAAGAGAAUGGAGAAGCACAAGGAAGAUGAUAAUAAUGAUGAAGACUCUUCCUCUGGAGUUUCCGACAGUGAUGUCCUCCUCCCAGAUGGCUACGAGCGGUCAGAGACUCGGCCUAUCCUAUCUGUUCAGAGACGAGGAGCACCUAAUAUUUUUGAAAUCACUGAAAGGGUGGAGAUGGGUCAGAUGGCCUCCAUGUUCUUCGACAAAGUGGGAGUCAAUUUAUUUUAUUUUUGUAUAAUCAUCUACCUCUAUGGUGACCUGGCAAUAUAUGCAGCUGCUGUGCCAGUUUCUCUCAUGCAGGUUACCUGUAGUGUCACUGGCAAUCAUUCAGGCAGCGUUGAAGACAGUAUGAAGUAUAAUGACACAGAACAGUGCUGGGGACGGAUCAGACGGAUUGAUGCUUACAGAAUUUAUCUGGCAGCAUUUACAGUCCUCUUGGGUCCGUUCACCUUUUUUAAUGUGCAAAAAACAAAGUAUCUGCAGAUCAUUACAUCAAUGAUGAGGUGGAUAGCAUUUGUCAUCAUGAUAAUUUUAGCCCUCCUUCGCAUUGCCAGAGGCCAAGGAGAAGGUCAUCCCCCUCUGGCCCAGAUCUCAGGAAUCCGCAAUCUCUUCGGGGUGUGCGUUUAUUCCUUCAUGUGCCAGCACUCUCUGCCAUCCCUCAUUACUCCCAUCUCCAAGAAGAAACACGUUAACAAGUUGGUCCUGCUGGAUUACAUUUUAAUCUUGGGUUUCUACAGCCUCCUGUCCUUUACUGCUAUCUACUGCUUCCGCAAUGAAAGUCUCAUGGACAUGUAUACACUGAACUUUACGAACUCUGAAAUUGUCAAUAUUGCUUUUAUCCGCUACUUCCUGGGCCUCUUUCCUGUCUUCACCAUCAGCACCAACUUUCCUAUAAUUGCUGUGACUCUCAGAAACAACUGGAAGACGCUUUUCCAUCGAGAAGGGGGAACUUAUCCAUGGGUAGUAGACAGGAUUUUUUUCCCAGUCAUCACACUAAUUCCCCCAAUAAUUGUGGCUUUCUGCACCCAUGAUCUGGAAUCCUUGGUGGGUAUUACUGGGGCUUAUGCUGGAAAUGGGAUUCAAUACAUCAUCCCUGCCUUCUUAGCAUACUGUAGCCGAAAAAACUCUCAGCUGGUCUUUGGGAGUGGCACAGUGAAUAAACAUUUAUCCCCUUUUCGGCACAUAUUCUGGAUUGGAUUUGUCCUACUCUGGGCUCUUUUUUGCUUUAUGUUUGUGACUGCAAAUAUCAUUCUGAGUGAAACAAAGCUCUGAUGUUGCUGUGGAACCUGAAGGUGACUUGAGACUUCUGUUCCAGGUCUUGUGCUUGGAAAGGACAUUUUUAAACAGUCAGCUAACACAGUCUUGAGCUGGAUGCUCAUUUUACCCAUUGGGCUGUACUGCUAUUUUUUUCAGACCUUUUUGAUUCAUAAUUUCCAUUCAGUGUAUAAUGCUGUGGGCAUGAGCACUCCACCAGGCUACUGUAGUUGCCCAGUAUCUUACCUUUUGCCUUGACCACAGAUUCCCAUAAAGCUAGUCUGCUUCUCUUGUGCUGUGAUGUCAGGAGCUGACCAAUAAUGCAUCUCUUUUUCAAGAUUGAUUGAAAGGACCUAGGACCUGCAUAGCUCUUACCAGCCAAGCAGGCAGCCACUGAAUCAAGGAAGAAGUAAGGAAUUCCGUGCUCUCUCCACUUUCCCUCUGAAGAUACUUACUUUUCUUCCAACUGGGGAGGGUGGGGGAGAGAAAUCAAGAGAAAAAGUAA